AUGAAUUGCACUGAAGAAGAGUUAAUGAAGACAAAUGUUUUUCAAUUACCUAUUCUAAUUCCAUUGAUAAAAAUUUUGGAUGUAUAUCUGAUACUGAAGCAAGAAUUAAGUCCAGAUGAAUUUUGCAUCUUCUUAUUUGUUGAGAAAAACUCAAAGGAUAAGUGCAAGUUUGAUUUCAACCCAAUUGAACAACAUUUUAACAAAUUUGAGGAACUUAGGAUUAUGCCAAUUUCGUUGCAAAGUAUCUUAAUCGAUUUGUUCAUGAAUAUAGUUCGUUAUGCAAUUUUUUUAGAAUCAGUAAGUAAAGAUUACUUAGAUAAACAAAACUGUCGCAAUUAUGAUGAUUUGCAUCAAACGAUGUUGCUUGUAUACAUUUUGUCAUACAGAAUAUUCAAUAUAUUUUUUGAAGAUUCAAUUGAUUGUUUUAUUCAUUUUAAAGUAAAAAAAAUUUUAAAUUUAAUUGAUUAUCUUCUUCGUGCAGAAACUCCGAAUUUUUUCCUGGAAAAAGGUUGUUUGACAUUUGAAGAACAUUUUGUGGAGCAAAAUCUUGUGCUCCCAUUAUUAGAAGCAACACCAUAUUUAGAGAAACUUCAGGAGCAUUUGAAAAAAUAUUUACGAAAUAUAAAAAUUCCUAAAAAGGAAUUAACAACUCCUAUGUUUAUGAAUGUCUUAAAUCGACCAAGAACUCGUUUAAAUGUGCCUCCCAAUACACCCGAAGAUUUGUCAGUGACGAAGUUCGCACGAAAAAUUCCAAGAUCGAAUUAUCUCAAACCAUUGACGGAAACAAAAUUAGAAUCAUUACGAAAAACAAACAAGUUAAAUGCAAUGAAUUUGUUGAAAGAUGCGAAUAAGAAUGCUCCAAAUUGUUUCCAACGUUACAAAUUUCUAGAGAAAUCAAUUGAGAAACAAAAAUCAAAAACAACUUUUGUACGAAAAUCAAUUCCAAACUUUAAGCCAGUCGAAAUAAAGCAUACAACAGCUUCAACAUUAAGGGAAUGUGCUCAUGUAAUCAACCUUGAAGAAAAAGAAAUAAAAAAAUUAAAAGCAUUAACAGAAGGGAGUCUUGAUCCAUCCUUGAUAUUAAAAUUAGAAGAAGAGAAACGACAGCAACAAAGAGAAGAAGAAUUACUGAAAAUAAAAGAAAAACAUCUUUUAGCAUUGUUAACUCGCGAGAAUGCUUUUAUUGCGAAGAAAUUGUUGUUAAAUAACAUUAAAGCCCAUGCAGAAACAGUACGAAAAGAGAAACAAAAAAUUUAUGAAAAAUUAGAGAAAUGGAGAGAAAACCAUAAUAAAGAAGUAAUGGAAAUGGUUGAAAAAUGCCGUGAAAUCGAACAAGCUUCUCGUAUAGCUUUCAAUAUUAUGAUUGAUGAAAAAAAACAAAGAGCUGCAGAAGUUACCGAAGAAUCUCGGCAAUUGAAAGCUCAAUUGAUAAAGCAGAGAGAGAAUGAAAUUCAAAGAAAAAUCAAAUUAAUCCAAGAAAUUAGAACAAUUCAAUCUUUACGAGAAUUAUCCUUUAAGGAUUUCGAUCCAACUGAAACAAAUGGCUUCGGUCUUCUUUGCGAAAUGUCUUUGAUGGAACUGAAAGAGAGAUUAUUUUGGAUGAAAAUGAAAUUAGACGAAGAAAUAAAAAAUAGAAAAUGUAUCAUUAAUCGAGAACGUGAAAGGCAGAAAAAUUUAAUCAGAGAUACACGCAAAGCACUCGAAGAAUACAAAGCAAAUAAGUUAGUUGUAAAAUUAUUAUUAAUUAUAACGAUUAAUCGUUUACUUGUUUUCAGAUAUGACAAAUCAUUAUCAAAACCACAACAACAAUUUCAACAUAUUACUUCAUCAAAAAUAGAUGCAUUGCGUAAAAAAGUGGAAGAACGAAAAGCUUUAAGAUUAGAAAAGAAAGAAGAUAAGAAACUAAUUUGA